AUGGCUGCUGUUGAGCAGGAUCCCCUGUUCCUGCUACGGCAAUCCAUCGCAUCCAAGCGACCUGCAGUCCCGACAGCGUCCGCCGAUGCGUCUGCACCCGAAGUAGCCCUCUCGAAAGCCACUCAUCUGCUCUUCUCUCACCCAGCCCCAGUAUCGGUAUUGCUUUCGACACCCACGCGCUUCAUCUCCAGCGACCGCCCUGUCGACCUGCGAUCAAUUUACUUCGCUUGGCUGAACAAGGAUGUCGCAAUUCCCGAGUACAAUGCAAGCGCGACUCGCCUCAACGAGGAAUUGGGCAGCCUCGGGACGGUCCAGAACCUUGCUUUCGUCGAACGUCUAGAUCUGUUCACCUGGCUGGAAGGCGCUAGUGAAGAGAGUGAGCACAUCAAGCCGUUGGCCAGCGACAAGGACGGCAAGGAGGGAACUGGCGCGAGCGCGUCUAAGACUGCGCCGGCGACCGCAGCUAGCCGAGCUGGGCGCGGCACAUUGGACCCUCGACUGGCGGUUAUCUAUAACGGCGAGCGCAAGAUGGGUGACCGCAACUCGGUGUUGCGCGGCGUGAAGCCCACAGACUUCUCCCACGUCCGCAAGCUCGCCGUUCCCUUUAUACAGAAGAAACCUCAUGGCGCAGCGAGCAUCAGCACGAACCCGUCGCUCCCCAUCAACCAGAAGGCCCCGACGCGUCGGCCGGACCCCAUCAUCCUCCUAUCGCCUUCCGCCUCGUCACUGCUCCGGCUGUCCAAUAUUCGAUCCUUCCUCGAGGGAGGACGUUAUGUGCAACCCGACGGCAGUGCCGCCGCCAGUAUGCUGCACGUCUCUCGUGUCAUGAAGGACAUCGACCCUUCGCGGCCCAUGCGCUUUAUCCUUGUUGAAGGCCCCGAGCAGUUCAAGCCCGAGUACUGGAACCGCGUCGUCGCUGUCUUCACCACGGGCCAGUCUUGGCAGUUCAAGAACUACAAGUGGAGCUCCCCUCCGGACCUCUUCCGCCGCGUUCUGGGUAUCUUCAUCGGCUGGCGCGGCGAGCAGCCGCCCGACAGCGUCAAGGAAUGGGGACAUCGUGUGUUGCAGCUAGGUGUCGACAGAUGGCGUGACGGUACUGGAGCUCAGGAGGCUGCGAAGUUCAGGGACAAGGAGGCCGCGGAGUCGAUCUGGAGGGCCAUCGAGGCGAACAUGAAGAACAAGGGAUGGACGAAGACCACCGCGCCCAGUCAACUCUGA